AGGUUUGUCUUACUUCUGAUACUUGACACUGAAACAUCUACAGCGAGACAACGACUGGCCCACUGGUUAAACAGUAUUACAUUGAUGUUUUCCUCCAUUUAACCACCGAGCCUAUUCAAACAACCACAUAGAAACGAAAUCAUGGCAGAGCUUGGCAUCAAGGCAGGGGACCAGGUGAUGUUAGUGUGGUCUCAGCCCUCAUCACCAGCAGCCCUGAAAGAGUUUGCAGAGGAACUCGGCGCCGCUGUUGGCGCAGAAGGCAAAGUAUCAGUGGAGAACAUGGAGAGAUUACUGAUGUCUUCCCAUUCAGCGUCUACCUUUGACUGGGUGCUCUCUCACCUUCUGGCUGACAGCUCCUCCACGCACAGCUCAGACACUUUGGUAGAAAUGGCCAGAGUGCUCAAACCUGGUGGAAAGCUAGUCCUGGAUGAAGCAGUCACAGGAGCUGAGACCCAGAGUGUGAGGACUGCAGAGAAGCUGAUGUCAGCUCUGAAGUUGUCGGGCUUUAUGUCCGUCACAGAGGUCAGUAAAGCAGAACUGAGUCCUGAGGCAUUAAGUUCCCUCAGGACAGCCACCGGUUACCAAGGAAAUACCCUGUCCAGAGUCCGCGUUUCUGCCUCCAAGCCCAGCUUUGAGGUGGGAUCGUCCAGCCAGAUCAAACUUUCAUUUGGUAAAAAGACACCAAAGCCAGCAGAGAAACCAGCUCUGGAUUCCAACACGGUCAAAAUGUGGACGUUGUCAGCUAAUGACAUUGGUGAUGAUGAUGUGGACCUGGUGGACUCUGAUGCUUUGCUGGAUGAAGAGGACUUCAAGAAGCCAGACCCGGUCUCUCUGAAGGCCCCAGGCUGUGGAGAGGGAGCCAGCAAGAAGAAAGCCUGCAAGAACUGCUCAUGUGGUCUUGCUGAGGAGUUGGAGCAGGAGAGUGAAGGAAAACAGACGUCGAACAUGCCAAAGUCUGCCUGUGGAAGCUGUUACCUGGGUGACGCGUUUCGAUGUGCCAGCUGUCCAUAUGUAGGAAUGCCUGCGUUUAAACCAGGAGAGAAGAUCAAGCUGGACAACAAGACGCUGACAGACGCUUAAGAAAACUGAAUAUACACAUCCAACAGCCCGAUUCAAAACCUACAUUCCCUUUUUUUUUUUUCCUUCUUCUCACGAUCACCCAGUGACAUGUCUGAAGACACAAGCUCCCCCCCUGCAGAAAGCUGUGUUUUCUACUUUUAAGGCUUCACUGUUUGAAAUUGACACAGUAUCUUGUUUCUGAUGUCCUGCUUGUGGCAAGUGUAUAAAUGAAGAAAUGUCCAAAUUUGAUUGAAAUGAAAGUUAUAUUCUGCUGCUGUUCAUUAUGCAAGCUGUGGUGUGAGAAGAACCUGGAGAGGUUGGCUUAGGAAGAACUUAAAAGCACUGAAAUGCAUCUGUUUUUGUUCUUUUCAUUUGAAGUUAUAUUUACGUCUGAUCACUGACAUCAUUACAGUAUAAAAUAGGAACUAUAAUUCACCAAUAAUCACACAGAGGCCCAAAAAUAACCCGGCAUGAUGUCCAAUUCAAGCUUUUUGAUGUAAAUAAAGGCAACAUGUUUGGAAA